GCUGCAGCAGAGAGGAGUGUGUACACGGAGCAGACCAUGGCAGCAGCAGAGUCCAGCCCUCUGACCACUCACGUGCUGAACGCCGGUGAUGGCGUCCCAGCAGCCAAGAUGGCCAUCAGCCUGCAUCGACUCGACACCAAGCUGAUGAUAUGGAACAUGCUGAGUGUUGGGACAACAAACGAAGAUGGGCGCUGCCCAGGACUCAUCAGCCGAGGAGCCUUCACCCCCGGCAUGUACAAGCUGCGCUUUGAGACCGGUUCAUACUGGGAGAGUCAGGGUCAGACCUCCUUCUACCCCUAUGUAGAGGUCGUGUUCACCAUCAGUGACCCGGAGCAGAGGUUCCACCUCCCUCUGCUUAUGAGUCGGUUCUCCUACAGCACCUACAGAGGAAGCUGAGGGUUUUUUAUUCUCCUACAGUUGUACAACAACAGUAUAUUGUAUAAUAUCGGGACCAUAUAACAUCAACAAAAUUACAGUUAUACAAAGAAACAACAACAUAAAGUUUUCAUUUCAUUAACCAGUUACAUCCGUCCAAAGACUUCCACAGUACUGACAAUUCCACAGGAAGCUCCGAGGACGAGCAGCUACAGCCUCAACACAACCAGGGAUGGAGAGAGAUGGGUGUCUGUUGUGUUGUAUUAAAUUAAACCUUUCUUUGCUUUUUGUUCAUUUUUUUCCCCCCAGUUACAAAAUUGCUUUACAUUUGCUGACUGUUGAAUUUCCAAUACGUGAUUAUAUAUUUACAGUUUUUGUACAGUGUAUAUGAAGCAACUGAAAAUACAGCUGAAAUGAUUAGUUGAUUUCAUUUUUCUGUUUUAGGUUUUUCUGUUUCAAUUAAUCUAAUUAGCUAAUUGAUGACAGUCCAACUGAAAUCACAUUCAGCCAUCCCUUUCGCAGUGUAAAAUAAUGGUAUUGUUUUUUUUUGUUUGUUUGUUUUUUUUAUAUGUAUUGUUUGUAGUUUUAAUAUUAAAAGGAGAAAAGUUGUCUCUGGACAAAUAUCACUAAAUUUUAUGGUUUUAACCUCUUGACAUUAAGGAUUUGCUGCUUUUCUUUGUGUUAUAGUCCUGUGAUAGUUAAUUAAAAAUCUGUGGGUUGUUGACCGUUGAUUACCAGCAGAGCCUCUGGGAAAUUGAUAAUUUAAUUUUGAUCAUUUUCCUUUUUUACCUUCUUUAUUUCAA